AUGCAGGAGCCCUAUCUUCAUCAAGUCGCUGCCUACUCGGACCCCAUCUUUGGAGCCAUGAUCGUGCCACGGAUCUCUGGGAGCGAGGCGAACCUACAGUACGGCCUGGACGACUCCUUUCUCGAACUCUUGCCUCACAUCACUGCACGUUUUGUUCCCUCAGCUGGCGAGGUUUAUAUGAUCAAAAUGUACGAGGAAAAAGAGAUUCUCGACAGGGCUCGUUUGAAAUAUGGAGGCGAUGUCGGUAUCGCCUAUGCCCCUGGAUGGUUUGCUGCACAAGGAGAGCAAGUCGAACUGUCCUCUGCAGGAGUUUUCCGAGAAAGAAGGGAGAGGAUCCGAGAAGUGUUUCUGGCGAAAGGCCACUUUGCGGCGCCCGAGUUACCGUUCGUCAGACUUUAUGUUCAAGCUGACCAGGGCGAUCUAGAAGUGAUCGUCCGGACCUAUGAUAUUGGCUGGUUUCACCAUUUCACCAUUAGCCUUUUUGUCCACGUAAGCUACCUUUCUGAUUCGCCACGGAACUUUUCUCCCCCUGAUCCUCACUUCUUCAUGAAAUCAAAACGUAAGGCAUACAACACCUCCCAGGAACCACUCCCUUCAGGAGUCGACGCGUACGCUGACCAUAUCCAUGGACACACGAUCGUGCCUAGGAUCACCAAGACGGAAGCGAGACGACAGUAUUGCUUGACUGACUGCCAUUUCAGAGAUAUGCGGCAUGUCAUCACCGCACACUCUGUCAGGACUGCAGAUUACGUUUACGACGUUAAGCUACGCAAGGCCUACAACACUUACAAGGAACCCUACCCGCCAGGCGUGGACGUAUACAUAGACCCAAAGACCAACGUCAGCAUCUUACCUCGUAUUACUCUAACUGAGGCGACAGCCCAGUACUGCUUGCUUGACGGACACCUCGAAUCGUUGCCGUACAUUCAGGUGCAUGCUCUCGAGGCGGUUAAUGGCGUGUACAAAAUCAAGAUGUAUGAAGAGAGACUCGUUCUCGAAAAGGCGCGCUGUCUGUAUGGAGGCGACAUAGGGAUUGAUAACGCCCGUGACGCCUUUUCUUGGCAGAAAGGAGGGAGUAUUGACUUGCCACCCGCAGGAGCUGUUCGAGAGAGAAGGGACAGGAUUCGCGAGAAGUUCCUUCAGAGAGAGCUUUUCGCGCCAUCAAAGUUGCCAACCAUUCAGUGUUACAUUGAAUAUGGCCGUGGAGACUUGCGGGAGGUUGUCAACGCCCUUGCUAUCUAG